AUGCCAACGCUGCCGUCCAAAGAAAAAUUAGCUUCCAUGCUAGUUCACAAGGACCAAAGCCUUGUACCGGAUAUAAUUGUCUGUGAUGCUAUAUGUGGUAUUGCAUCUAUUGUAUUCGCGCUUCUACGUCUCUACUCGCAAUACCUUGUAUCCCGCAAGUUACGUCUGACUCAAAGCGACAUUCUGCUACUCCUUGGUUUGGUAUUCUAUAUAGCAUUCAGUAUAGCCCUUGGCAUGAUAACAAAAUAUGGGGGAGGCCGUCAUAUCAUCCUGGCAACCGACACGCGCUCGCUUAGGAUCUGGAAGAUCAUUGCAGAAGUGACAUACACUAUUUCCUUGGGGUUCAUAAAAUUUGGUAUUCUGAGGUUGUAUGGUACCAUCUUCCCAUCGAAAAGGUUCCGUAUAUUCCUAUGGAUCUUCGCCAUAUGCCUCAUUGCUUUCGAUCUAGCAUGUAUCAUGGUCAGUGUGUUCGAAUGUAUCCCUGUCCAGUAUUACUGGGAUAUGUCGAUCAAAGGUGGUCAUUGUUUGGAUUAUGGAUUGUAUACGCUCCUUGCCGGGAUGCUGAACAUAAUCACCGAUUUGAUUAUAUUACUUGCCCCGAUUCCCCAGGUUCUACAUUUACAUAUCUCCAAGCACAAGAAAAUGCUUCUGAUUUUCACCUUCGCCAUGGGGGGUAGUGCGUGCAUCGUCUCCAUUGUUCGCCUUCCGUACGCCUUAGAUUUCGAUUCGACCGGUGACCCCAGCUAUGACAAUAUUCGUAUUGGCCUUCUUUCUCUUGUGGAACUCAUGACUGGCAUUCUGGCUACAUCUAUACCAACCUAUCGGCCAUUAUUUCGACAAAUGAUGGCGAAAUACGGCCAGUCAUCGGUUGAUUCACAGAAGAAUACCUAUAAGAACAGUGGCAGAACUGAUAUUCGUGGCACCUUACCUGGGCAACUUGAACGCAACUUUCCCGUCAUAAAUGUGACGAGCCAUAUUGAACUAGCUAGAUAUAUUAACAUUGGGGGUAACUGGGUUAGAGUUCCUGACGAGCCCUCUCAUGGAUGGAGAUAGGGAUCAGUGUAGAUGAGAUGGAAGAUCACAAUGCUUCAUUUAUUUGAUUUGUUUAAAGUUUUGGCUGGCUAAGGUUGAGGUCCACUCCCUUUUUCAAUUCUGGCGAGGUAUAAAGAUGAUAUUACCGACUGCGUGAAAAGUAUAG